CAGGUAGCAAAACAAAAAAUAGAAAUUUCAGGAAAUACGCGUUGAGUCAGGCUGUAAGUAUCCAACUCAAAUCAAACCCGUCACUGAAGAAGAGAGACGAGUGAGUGCUGAAAUCCCGGUCCGUCCAUCCAUCCUAUUCCCAGGCCAAUCGUGUGGCUUGAUCGGGACUAGCAGUAGCAGGGGGAUGGAAAGAAAAGUGACCUUAGAUGAUUUCAAAGUUGGAUCUGUUCCGACUUUAAUAUACAUCCCGGACUUCAUUACGGAUAAUGAACAAACCAUGCUUCUAAAUAAGAUUUAUGAAGGCCCAGUAUCAAAGUGGAAAUCAUUAAAGAAUAGGAGGCUACAAAACUGGGGCGGUAUUGUCCAUGAAAAGGGUCUUCUGCCACAGGAUUUGCCAUCAUGGCUAACCAAGAUUACAUGCAAGAUAUAUGAAGAAUCAGGGCUGUUCCCAUUGCCAAUUAAUCAUGUCCUUAUCAAUGAAUACCUUCCUAACCAAGGCAUAAUGGCACACCAGGACGGGCCGGCUUAUUAUCCGGUUGUAGCAAUUCUGUCCCUCGAGUCACCUGUUGUUAUGGACUUUACUCCCCAUUCAAGACUGACUUUGUGCAAAAGUACUUGUGCAAAUGCUGUUGAGAAUACAAAUUCUGAUGCGGGGGUCAUUAAUAUUAAUACAGAUAAGUCAAUGAAUGAACUUCAUCCAUUUCCUGUCAUAUUAAUGCCUCGCAGUUUGCUGAUAUUCAAAGAUAAAGCAUACUCAGAUUACUUGCAUGCAAUAAAAGACUGCGAGGUACAAUGUUAUGAUGGGGCUGUAAAUGAAGUACAAGCUCUACAGCAUGGUCAAGUUAUAGAUUAUGAUGCUUCACAAUUUGAUGGAGCUGUUGGUGUAAUGAAAACUGGGGAUUUUAAGAGAAUUCAUAGAACAACCCGUAGAAUUUCAUUGACAUGUCGAUUAGUUUCAAAAGUUCAUAAAAAUUUGCUCAGGUUUUAGUCUUUGGAGUUCUGAGAAGUAACUAAUUUGGCAAGUCUAAUGUUGAAGGUUUCGCCUCUAAGAGCUUUCAUGAUAACCUAGUUUGAGCUACAUCACCUGUUUUGUAAAUGCUAAACAAUGUUGGAUUAUUUAAGAUUUUCUGAAGUGUUA